GUAUGACGCCGCAUCUCUUUGUUGGUCCAGCGGCAGCUGCGCUCAUGUUGUUGUAGCUACUCUCUCUCCCUGGAAAUAUUUUUCUCUUUCGAAAUAUUUCGUCUCUUGUUUUCGUCGCGGCCUGUACACAUCCUAGUAUCUAGCGUUUGGUAUCAUACCUUGUCACAAUAUCAAGUUAAACCGAGUAAUGGACUCAGACGAAGGGUACAAUUAUGAAUUCGACGAGGAGGAAGAGGAAUGCAGCGAAGACAGCGCCGAGGAGGAUCCCGAAGACGACACCCUGGAAGUGGAGUUGGAUGAUCCUGUUGUGGCCGGUGGAGAACGAGAUGAAUGUGGGGAGACCGGAGGCAGUGGCCUAGGGCCCGGUCAAGACGAAGAGGAUUAUCGGUUCGAGGUUUUGACUGCUGAACAGAUCCUUCAGCAUAUGGUCGAGUGUAUCAGGGAGGUCAAUGAUGUCAUCCAGAACCCUGCAACGAUAACAAGAAUACUUCUUAGUCACUUCAAUUGGGACAAAGAGAAACUGAUGGAAAGAUAUUUUGAUGGGAACCUUGACAAAUUGUUCUCGGAAUGCCAUGUCAUCAACCCCAGUAAGAAGUCGAGGACGCGGCUGAUGAACACGAGGUCCUCUGCUCAGGAUCUUCCCUGUCAGAUCUGCUACCUGAACUACCCAAACUCGUACUUCACUGGCCUGGAGUGUGGACACAAGUUCUGCAUGCAGUGUUGGGGUGACUACUUGACUACCAAAAUCAUUGAGGAGGGGAUGGGACAGACAAUUUCCUGCCCUGCUCACAGCUGUGAUAUAUUGGUGGACGACAACACAGUCAUGAGACUGAUCACAGAGUCCAAGGUGAAGUUGAAGUACCAACACUUGAUUACCAAUAGUUUUGUAGAGUGCAAUCGGCUGUUAAAAUGGUGCCCGGCGCCAGACUGUCAUCACGUAGUCAAAGUCCAGUACCCAGAUGCUAAGCCUGUGAGAUGCACAUGUGGCCGGCAGUUCUGCUUCAAUUGUGGCGAGAACUGGCAUGAUCCCGUCAAGUGUAAGUGGUUGAGGAAAUGGAUCAAGAAGUGUGACGAUGACAGCGAGACGUCUAACUGGAUCGCAGCCAAUACAAGGGAGUGCCCCAAAUGCCACGUGACCAUUGAGAAGGACGGCGGCUGCAACCACAUGGUUUGUCGGAACCAGAGCUGCAAGGCAGAGUUCUGCUGGGUCUGCCUGGGGCCCUGGGAACCACACGGCUCUGCCUGGUACAACUGCAACCGCUACAAUGAGGAUGAUGCCAAGGCAGCGAGGGACGCCCAAGAGGUAACACGGUCCAGGGCAGCCCUGCAGAGGUACCUGUUCUACUGCAACCGUUACAUGAACCACAUGCAGUCGCUGCGCUUCGAGCACAAGCUGUACGCCGGGGUCAAGGCCAAGAUGGAGGAGAUGCAGCAUCACAACAUGUCCUGGAUCGAGGUGCAGUUCCUGAAGAAGGCCGUGGACGUGCUGUGUCAGUGUCGCUCCACACUCAUGUUCACCUACGUCUUCGCCUUCUACCUCAAGAAGAACAACCAGUCCAUCAUCUUUGAGAACAAUCAGGCUGACUUGGAGAACGCUACGGAGGUUCUGUCUGGAUAUCUGGAGCGGGACAUCUCCCAGGACUCUCUGCAGGACAUCAAACAGAAAGUACAGGACAAGUACAGAUACUGUGAGAGUCGGCGUCGGGUGCUGCUGCAACAUGUGCACGAGGGCUAUGAGAAGGACCUCUGGGAAUACAUAGAAGAUUAAGGACAGACUCUUUACUAAAAAGAAAAAACCUCUACAGACUAGAGCGCUGAUGCAAUGCCACGGGGCAGGUUGUUGCUGAUCUUCCCAAUAUUGCAUUUUUUUUCUCCUCCUCUUGGGUUUUGUUUAAUGGAAAAGUUUAAAAUAAAUUAUAUCAAAAUAAUAAAAUAAAAAAAAGUAGAAUAUUUCUAACAUUAAUCGUACAACAGUAUUGUUUGUAGCAGAUUGGAUUGUGAGGACAAAAAAAAA